AUGAAACCGCUAUCCGAGAAUUCGCUUCCAUACACUGAGAGCGACAAUUCGGCCCGAGAUACGCGUCACGGGCGUAACACCACUUCCUCUUCCAUCUCAUGUCAUUCGGAUCCUUUUGGAACUUCUGGAAUUGAGGUUGAGGAUGGUGUUCAGCUACGUGACUUCUCAUCUCCCGGUCCAGUCAUGUCUCGCUGCAUGAGCCCAGACCCAACCAGAUUUGUCGCUGAGCGCCCAUCACGGCUCAACAAUGAGGACGCUGGCCUCGCUGUGCCAAAGAUCAAUGAGCCUUUAAGCGAUGACUAUGCCCAUUCCGAGUGGGAGACUGUCGCUGGAGAAGAUGCCUGUGAAAUCCAUGCCGAAUCUUCAACUCGACCGCUGAAACGUCGAGGUAACUUCAAUUUUGGGAACAAACAGCAAGCCCAGUCUCAGCCGAAUCAAAACCUCUGGGUACCGCAAACGCACAACUUUGAGCUCGUCUCACCUGGAGACCCGUCCGUGCGAAAUGUGCCGAGAUCAGCUCCCCAUUUGCACUCGUUUCACUCCUCGUCCAGCUUCUACAGCGAAUCACUUCGUAACAAAGACCCAGACACUUGCGUCCCUUGCGAUCCCGAGGACUAUCCACAGAACAAUCAUAUGUACUCUCGUGCCUCAUCCGACAGUGAUGAGGACCCUUUCAAGUAUGACACAGAUGCAUACUCGGGCUUUCUACGUUCAUCGGCCGAGCGAGAAAAUGUCGAUGAAGAGGUCAAAGUUCCUGUUCAUCGGGAGGAAAAAGCGAUCCGCCGUGUCCCCGUCCCUGAUAGACGACUACAAGGUGAAAUUUCUUCUCUUGUCAAGAACCGACCUCUCACCGGUACGGAGGGUGAUUGGCAGACUGUCACGACCGAGCAUGCCUUCGACUCGAUGCAGCAAGACUAUCACGACAGCAUUGCAAAGGGAACUGGAAGCAGUGUCGCUGAUGUAUCCGACGUGACGGAGCGUGAGCUUCAUCCUCGCUCUUACGGCUCAAGAGACAGAAUCAUUCGGCAUCCUUCUGGUAACAAUAAGUAUGGCUCUUACCGUGUUCGCACCGACAGAGGAACGAAACUCCCCGUAUCUGUCCCGCAGUACGGUGAAGGUCCUGGAACCUAUGCCUCAAAUACAACUCGCAACUUUUCCCAGGCCAAGUCGCGAUUACCUGAAUCUGCAGCUCGUUUUUCCAAUCUGUUUCGCAGGGAGCCAUCUGAGCAGACACGGUUCCAGGAGUCCAACUCGGACAAGCCUGCCCACGUUCCUCAUGAUGAUUUUCUGUCCAAGAUUCCUCGUCUUCCGUUUCCUCUUGUCAGUCUUCCCGAGGCUGCAAUGCUACAGCAGUUCAAACGACAGAGAGGUGAAGAGGAUCACAGUCAGAGUGCAGGCAAUUUUGGGGUCAGGGGAAGGUCGAACACGAUCAGCACUGCAAACUCUCCUCCUCUCCCAAAAACUCCUUCUCCUCCAAAGAGAAGCUUCUGGCCUUCGUCCACGAGUGGCGAUGUCACACGACCUGCCCGUAUUCUUCACCUUCAUCGACUGCCUCAGGCGCAUCGUCCACGUGAUUCAAAUGAUAGAGUCACUGAUAUGCUGGUCUCAUCCUCUGCUAUCCUCGAUACUCCCCCUCCUACCGACCCAAAGUCAAGCACUCAUCGUGUGUGGUAUCGAAACUUCCAGCCAAGCAUUUCAACAUGUCGCACUGGAGCACAUACUCCUGGGUUCUCCACCAGCGUCAAUAGUCGACGAGUUGGUCAUUGCCAGUCUGAGUUUGAUCCCCUCGCCGACAGCCCCUUCACUCAGAGGGAGGCUCGCCUCAUCGAAGAGGCCCGCAAAGAUAUUCGCAUCCAUCGCCGGCAUGCCGACAUGGUCGCCCAACGAGGAAAGCAAAUGUUCAUGUGGGUCAUGAUCCUCACUCUCUUCUUCCCUUUCAUCGGCCCUAUCGUGCUCUACGGCAAGCUCAACUCGACUAUAUCGUGGUACACCCACGGAGAAAUGCAGUGCCUUACCAAGGACCAGCGCGGUACUCUCAAGCAGCAACUUCUCGUUGAGGCUGUUGUCUAUCCCGCAAUCAUCAUCGCCCUUUCAGUGCACUACUCGAUUUGA